AUGGGCCUAACUACGCAAGGAUGGUUCACUACUUCGGUCUUAUUCAUCACUUCGCUUACUUUCUCAUUUGCUCAGAAUGACCAUUGUUUCCGAUGUGCCAACAGCUUCAUCUUGAUGCAUUGGGAGCGUUUUUUACCAAUUCAAGCAGAUGAUGAACUUGUAGAAGAUUCUACAUGUACCAAAAUAAUUGAAGGUUCAGAGGUGAUUCGAUGCAGUGGCCCAUGUCUUACGCUAAAUGUAACCUUGAAAGAAGGAAAUAAUACUCGAAUUAUAGACUGCCAGAAAAAGUACUACAGAAGGGAGCGAUACAAAAAUAAUCAAAACCGUAGUUGUCGGAAUCAAACCGUUGAAAUCCGUCACCGUAAAUUAAAUGCGGAAUAUUGUUUCUGUUAUGGUAGCUAUUGUAACGGUGAUAUGCUGGAAAAAGAGCGAAAUUCUCGAAAAACAAAAUUCCAGACAAAAAACCGGAACGGCACCAUAAACUCAUCAACUGAUCGUUAUUCCUUGCAUAUUAUUCAACUAAUAAUGCUUAUUGCAAAUUAUGUGCUUUGA